AUGUUAGAUCCUACUGAUCAUAACCAACUGUUUAACAAUACUCAAUUUUCCAUUCAUGAAUUUGAAGAACAACAAGACUUUGAAUCUCAGCAACAACAACAACCACCUCAACAACAACAACAACAACAACAACAACAAUUUCAGGAACAAGAAUCCAUUUUUAAAGAAGAUGAUGAUUCAUUGCAACAACAAAUGCAGCAGAACUUCCCAUUGUUUCAAUAUCAACAACCAUUUAUGAGCACUACCAAUUAUUUAUUGGACGAGUCUGUUCAAGAAAAUGAUGACAAUUAUCAGUUGUUAAGUGGAGGUGAUCUUGACAGUACCUCUUCAUUCACUACCAAUUCACUUGCCAAUAUCAAGAGCAAUAGUUUAUAUGGAAAUUCAGUCAAUGUGAAUUUAGGAGCAGUCCCAACUAACUUGAGUAAUCCAGAUACCAUGAUUGCUGGUCAAUUAUCUUCAUCUGUUUCCUCCUCAUAUUAUAACACCCCUUUUAACCAACAACAUCAACAACAAGCACUGCAAAUUAACCAAAGUUUGCAAGGUUUUCAACCAUUUCAAUUACCAAACGACUCAUCAACAUCGUCGUCAUUAUAUUCUUAUGCUAGUGCUAGCGCUAGUGCUCCUCAACAGCAAGUACAUUCAAGACAAGAACAAAUGAGCACUGGAUCUAGUUUUGGAUUUAGUAACACACCAACUCAAUCUACUUUUACCCACACUUCUUCCAAUACCCCUUUACAACAACAAAAUGAUUUAUAUCUAGUUUCAACUUCGAUGAAUUCUUUCUUGGACAAUUCUAAUCUUGUUUACCAUCAAGCAAAGCCAGAGAUGUCACCUAGUGUGAUCAAUCCAAUUGUUCAACAACAAGCAUUAAACUAUAAUUUGUCUCAAAGUUUUCCAAAACCACCAUUAUCCUCAACAUCCACAACUUUUGAUUCUAUCAAUUAUAAUAGUUCACCAACUAUUUCUCAACCUCAGUUCACAUCCCAAUCAUUACCAAACUUAUCAUCGGGUACUACAGGUAAGAAAAAACCUUCCAAAAGAACCAAAUCAAGAACUCCAACCACUAUCUCACGUCCAGUUCCUCUGAAUAUAAAGAAAGAAGAAACCAACACUUUUAAAGUCAAUUCUCACAGUAUUGUCAAACAAGAAAAUGAAUUAUCUUCAACACCAGGUGGUAACAAAAGAUACCGUGUGAUACGAGGAAUAUCUGCUGGUGGUUGCAAUACUAGACCACCAAAAGAAUCAAUGGAGGGUAAGGCUUGUUAUUACUCGAUGAAUCUAAAUUUGAAUGGAGCAUCAUUAAAAGAUAUUUGCUAUCCUAAAUGGAAUCAAUCAGAAAAACAAGAUCGAAGAAGAAUCAUACGUAUUGAGAGAAUUCAACAAGGUCCUGUAAUCACUGCCAAUUUCUCCAUUGUUGGUGCUGCUAAUGAGAACCCUGUGGUUCUACCUCCAUCAAAUCCAGAUAUUGAUGUCAUUGAAGUGUCCUGUUUGGAGUGUGAUGUGAAGAUAAACAAUAGUCAUAUAUCGGAGGGGACUAACUUUUACGAUUCACAAUCAUCGGACGAUGAAAUGGGUGGUAAUAAUGGUGAUGCUGCUGGAAUGGGUGGUGUAGGUGCUAGAAAAUCACCUAAUUAUAUCAAGAAUGAGUUCAAUGAUGAUUAUUAUCAAUAUUAUAUUACAUCAGUUGAAGUGGUUGAAAUUGUUGAAUUAUUGAUUGGUAAUCAAUUUAGAGAUGCUGCUGAAAGAAGAAAAGAAAGAGGCAGAGUCAGAUCUAAUUUAGUUCCCUUCUGGUCAAAGAAACCAAUUAGUUCAAGAAUGAGUGAAACCUCAACUUCAUCAUCAUCCCCACAAAACUCUUCUGUAACUCCCGGUUCGAGUUCAAGUGCACUGGGGACAACAACUACUACUGCUACAGUUGGUGGUGCUGGGUCAUCAUUAACCAACCAUGAUUAUCGUGUUGAGUUGGCUAAAAGAAUUAUGGGUUAUGAAAUUAGAAAACCACGAGGAUUCGAUAAAGAAGUUAGAAUAUUAAGAUGGGAUAAAUUGGUGCCAGCUUUGCAAAGAGCUUUACAAAGUUACUACACUGAAAUUCCUAUUAAUGAUCCUUAUGCACAGUUAUACAGAACUGAAGCCCCAGAAACUCGCAAUAAUUAA